AAAGUGUCAUGAGAGAUGGGUGGAGAUGGUGACUGUGUCUAUUUAAAGAGGGACAGGUUGUCACUCAGUACCUUAUUCUUCCCUGCUUGCCUUGGAAUUGAUUUUUCGCUCACCUCUCCUCAACCCAUCAACUCUCUGUACAACAUGGCCUUUGCUGGAAAGUGGGAAACUGAGACCCAGGAGGGAUACGAAGAAUUCUGCAAGCUCGUUGGCAUCCCCGAUGACAUCAUUGAGAAGGGUCGCGACUACAAACUCAUCACUGAGGUGGUGCAGAACGGCAAUGAGUUCUCAUGGUCCCAGCUCUACCCCACAAACAAGAGCGUCACAAACAAGUUUGUAAUUGACCAGGAAUGUGACAUGGAGACCAUCGGUGGGAAAAAGUUCAAGGCCACCGUUACAAUGGAGGGGGGCAAGCUGAGCACGAAAUUCCCCAAAUACCACCACACAUCUGAAAUCAGCGGAGGAAAGCUGAUUGAGACCUCUACCGUGGGCUCGGUCGUGUUGAAAAGAACCAGCAAGAAGAUGUAAAGAUAUUGUGACCGUGUUAUUAACAACAAAUUUAACUGAAUAACGAGUCAAUAAAAUGAGACUGCACUGGCCAA